GCUGGUGAGGAGAGGACGUGUGCCGCUCAAGCUUCUUGUGACGUCUGCCCUAACUGACGUGCGUCGUUCAAGAUUUGAACGAAUUCUCCUUUAAUAGUUAUCGAUAUUGAAAUUGUUUACGAUUUUAGCUACCGUACUGAGCUACCAUUUAUAACUUGCUUUAUCAGCAAAUUAUUUAGUACUUUUUCAUCCUUUUUAACCACUGAAGACAAUUUUAAGUGAGAAGAUUCUGAACUUGCAGUGGAAGAAAAUAAUCUCUAACUUCAACGUCAUGGCUGUUCAUUCUGAAGAACCUCAACGAAAGCCAAAAGUUUAUCGGCCAGUCAGUGAAACGAGAAAGGUGCGCAAGCCUCUGAUGGAGCGCAAGAGGCGAGAGCGCAUCAACAGCAGCCUGGAACAGCUCGCGCUGCUGCUCAAGGAAGCCAAACUCGUCGCCGCCGACAAGCCCGUAGCCAAGCUCGAGAAGGCAGACAUCUUGGAGCUCACCGUCCGACACCUUAAAUCAGUUCGCCGUAACGCAAAUAUUGUUAGCACUCCACCUCAAGAAGAAACUAAUAUUACAAAGUGCAGCAUCAAAAGAGAAAUAGAAAAUUCGCCAAACAUCAAAAAAACAGAUCUCGCAACUAACGGCAAUUUAAUCACUGAUGAAAUACCAAAUCCAUUAAAACCAAUUCAAACUAGUACAAAGGUUAGCGAUGAAGCCCCAACCGCUUUGGACGGUGAAACGUCUGAAAAAACUGGUAAGGAAGCUCGCGACUCGAGUUACAUCGAAGGAUUUCACAUGUGCCUUUCGGAAGUGAAGCAGGCGGCUGAAAGUGCACAGGAGUUAGGAGCCCUCAAAGAUCGUAUUUUCGAUCAUCUUGAAACGUGCUUGCUCAACUUGCCACCCGAUACCACUUCAAAUGAACGGAUCGGUAAUGAGAAGAGGGCUCGGAGCCAAGAAAACGAUUGCGAAACAAAGGCCAAAAGAAAGAGGAAGAAGUUGGGCCAUCACGAGGAGAGCGACUUGGCGCAGAAAGCCUGUUCAGAGGCUGUGACUGAAGUGACGCUGGUUCCAAUGCAGCUUUCAGACGGACGAGUAGCUUUCCUUAUGCAAGGAGAUGCAAAGAUUCUCAUCACUGAAAAGAAUAACGAUAGCCAAGACCCACAGAAUCCUACAUAUUCACCUGUAAAAAUUGAACAGCCUAUCUUGAACAGGUCACAAAGAGCUAUUGAAGCGUGUCCUAAUUUGUUACAUGCAAACGAAAAUAAAGCGCCUGGUGUUCUAAGCGAUAAAAGUUCUGCACCACAAUGUACAGACGGGCAAAAUGUUCUUGAACAAAAUAUCUCAACGCCGACUAUUACUAUGUUCAACCAUAACGAUAAAUCAUCUUUUCAGAAGAAAUCAAGUUUCAUUUGUUCAAAACCGGCCCUUGCUCAACACGAACGUAGACUAGGUAUGAAUUUACUAAAAAUUUACCCGAAUAUUAAGACAGUGAGUUUGCCUAUUGGUCCUCUCCCAAAUACGCCUACUUCAACUCAUGUGACCAAUAGUGCACCGCGAAAAGGAACUCGUAGUGCAAACAUCGUUCUCUCAAGCCCUUGCAGCGAGUUCUGUGGGCUGAACCAAAACGCAGCAGCCACAGCUUUGCUAUCGAAGCAAAGUUCAUCUAAUUCCACCUUCACUCUGCCAAUCCAAUCUCAAACUCGACCCUUCACCUCUGAGACUACCAGCCAUUAUUCGUCCAGUACAAAGCACAUACAUCCACGAACGUGUAUAGUGCAACCAGGGUCUCGGUUGGCGCCUGUAGAACCAAAACCUACAUUUGGUACAGUUUAUUCCGGGUCUCACUUAGCACCUGUCGAAGCAAAAGCCUCAGUAAGGAUCGUGCAACAUAAUGCUGUGACUGUUCCCCUUACUUCCGUCUCAGCUCCAGUAAUGUCAACUCUCAUGACUGUACCACUCAUACCCACCGUCGUGCAUAGCUCAUCAGAUACACGCGUGAAUUCGUCUCCACAAGCAGGGAGUUUGGUCAAUCAAAAUUUUCAAAAUUCCCUCCCUUAUGCAGCUACUGAGGAACGCCUUGUAGGUUCAUCACUGCCGACUUUACCUCCGACGCCUCCUCCAAGUGUUGACCAAUACUUGACUGAACCUCUUGCAAAGACCAAUCCAUUGUCUCUGAUACCUGUUGAAACGAAAUCCUCAAAUAACUCGGCGUCAGCUUUCGUCCCUCAAGUUACACUGGAGCCAAGUAUCAUGACAUCCAAUUGGAAUUCCACUAAAGAAAUGAUCCCUUGUGUUUAUACAUAUUUCCAAUACUUAACACCGGCUCGUCUACAAUAUACCGGGCCUACGGCGCCAUCUAUGUCGUUCGCACAGCAAGAGGACGAAGAAUUUAUCGAUGUCGAAAAUGUUCCUAAAGAAGACCAACCGCCGCAGCAACCUUUGGCAAUCAAAGGCAAUUCUCAGAAUUUUCUUAGCCAAGAGCAUGAGAAUGGUGAAAUGUGGAGGCCUUGGUAGCUACCAACGAAUUUAUUCAAGUUACAAUCGUAUUGAAACCGUCAUCUAACUCGUCUUCUUUCAUUAUCUCAAAGUCAAUUUGUAGUCCAUUUUCUGUUUCUAAAAUUUAUUCGUUCACCACUGACGCUCAUUGUUCGUGAGUAACGUAAAAUGCUCCAUAAAUAUUUGUCGAUAAGCUGCUCAAGUAAAUAGAAAAAAUUAUUUAUUGCAGCUCGUAUUUUCCUAGAAUUUGGCAAAUUUGUUAUCGGGCUCAUUUUUCCAGUCAUAUCAAAAACUAAUGAAUGUUUGUAAAUGAGCAAUAUAAUAAUGGCUUUUCCUUCUGUGAUAGUAAUAUAAGAGAAUUAUUACUUAUGUAGAUAGUAAUGUAAGAAAAUUAUUACUUAUGGGUAGAUUAGUGACGUAAUGGUCUCUUAGAUUGGACAAUUGGUCGUGGCACAACCUCGAGCCAUUCAAAAGAUGUGUCGUUGUGACAAAACAACCCACAUAAUUUUCCUACUGAUAUUUUUUAUUAAUCAUUACACGCUUAUCUAAGUAAUGAAUACAUUUCUAGGAUAAAAUCUAUUCAUAUAGUAAGAUAACAAUAAGUCACUAGUAGGUUACCAUUACUUCAAAUACGGCUUAUAUACCAAAUAUUGUACAUACAAUUAAUGCAUUUCACUAGUGUUGUCAUUUCAUGCACUGCAAUAUCUAAAAUCGUAACCCAUUCCUUAUUCAACUGUGAACAACCUUCAGGAUGUUGAUUACCUCAAUUAGAUUGAUAUGAUAUUAGAUAUUAAAUAAUAUUUUAUCUCUAACAUUUUUC